AUUCUUUUACUUGUUUCAAUCAUUUGACUGUAGCCAUGCUGGAGCACCACCAUGAGUCUAACAAACUGAGCACACGACUUAUUCUUUGUAAGCCAAUUAUUUAUACUAUCGGUUCCUUUUUGCCGAAACGUUAAGUUACAGGGACAUAAACACUAACAAGCGAGGCCAACUGAAGGCAUUCCGUAACAGUCAGGUCGACCGAACUUGAGAAGAUGAUGAAAAACGAAGCAGAAGACACCAAAGAGGAAGACAUUUUAUAUCUUUUCGAUAAAUCAGGAUCGGGAGACGUCCAUUACAUGACCCUGAAUAACGAUAUUGAUCAAAUCGCCUAUAAACCACUCAACACAGUGCGCUGGGAACAAACUUCUAAUGUCGUCAACUUCGAAAUUGCUGUUGUUAACAAUGUGCUGUAUAUCAUUGGAGGAUACCGAAAAAACGCUGCAAUAUGUACAGGUCGGCUGUUAUGUUAUAAUCCUAAAGAUGGCACGUGGAGAAAAAGAACACCAAUGCCUACACCGAGAAUGAGAUUUUCAGCUUGUGUUAAAGAUAAUGUAAUAUACGUUGUUGGUGGAGAAAAAACUGGUGGUUGCCCAACGGAUUGUUUUGAAAUCUAUAAUACACAAACUGAUGUAUGGAAAGCAGGAAGUCGAUUGCCGUCACCUCGUGUUUGGAUUUCCUGUACAUUGUUAUCAGAAAAAUCACUUUUUGCAGCAGGAGGAACAUUAAAAGGAAAAGGUCGGAAUAACUUCUGGAUUUAUGAAUGUAGCCAAUGGCAAGAACUGGAUAAUCAUUGCCCUCAAACUCUGCCGAAAUGUCUGGACAGAAUGGUUAUGGCAUCUGUUGACGAUACGAUAUACUUUAUCGGAGGAGUCACCACGGAAAAAGACAGAGGAAAGAAAGUCUGCAUGUAUACUAAUCCAAGAGUAUUCGCCUUCAAACCACAUGUUUCACUGGGCUCGUAUGGUUCACCUGACUUAAUCUGUCCUUGGGACCUUGACCUGCCUUCUCCUCAAUAUCCCCGGUGCAAUGCAACACAUUUGAAAUUAGGAUGCAAAAUAUAUCUUUUUGGAGGAAGUGAUUUUGAAACGGAAACUGCAGUCACACAAGUUGAAAGCUUUGAUACACAAACAAAAAGAUGGGCGAAAGAAUUCCAGAUCGAUAAGAAAAACAUUUCCGACAUUUCCUGUGCUGUCCUCACUGGUCCCACCGACAUCCUAUAUCAUAAAAACUUAUAUAAAUGGCUUCCAGCAAUGAUUCCUCAUCGCUACAUUCUCUGGUAAAAAUAAUAAGCAACAGAUUUUCAACACUGAUAUAAAAAUGACCAUUAUAAAGACGAAAUAUUGGAGUGACGAAGCUGAACCAUCUCACCAAAUUAAAUAUCUACGAUUGACAUCAUGUUUCAGAAAAUAAGAGUUGUAAUGCCAAAUUUUCACACCAUUUCUCUCUCUCUCUCUCUCUCUUUCUCUCUCUCUCUCUCACUCUAUCUAUUAAUCUAUCUAUCUAUCUCAUUCAGUCUCUAUCUGGCUAUCACAUUCUCUCUCUCUCUCUCUCUCUCACACACACACACACACACCGCUCUCUCUCUCUAUUGUAAAUUUUGAUGCGAUGAAAUCCCGAUGUAUUCCUUAUGCAGCACUCAGUAAGAAUUGCAGCCUGUCUACACAUUAAGAAUUGUACUCAUUUGUUAAGAAACCUUUGGAGCAGAAACCUUAGUCAUGAAUGAUGUAAAAUAUUUCGUAGAGUAAUAUAUAAGUCAAGAAAGAAGACCAUGACUCAAUGUAACUCAAACUUAAUAUUCAUUACAACUAAGUUCGGUACAAUUCCGGCCUCUUCACUUAAGAGUAUAUAAGUGUAUAUAAAUAAUGUUCACUGUAUCACGCUUGAUAAUUUAUAGGUAAUUUGUUUCGAAACAAUAGCUCUGAAAUAAUUGUAAGGAAUAUCAAACUUGUACUACACUGACCCUUCAUUUUCAUCCUUGACUAUAUAUAAUAUAUAUGUAUAAGGCGGCGAGCUGGGAGAAACGUUAACACGCCGGGCGAAAUGCUUAGCGGUAUUUCGUCUGCCGCUAUGUUCUGAGUUCAAAUUCCGCCGAG